UUUCAUUCUAACCUAGAAAAAUCACGUUAAUAAACAGUUGUUGGAUUUUUGUGUCAAACUACUUGGAACUUUAUUUUUAUUAAAUGAUUAUUAAUAAAAAUAUAAUAAGACUUGUUCCAAUUAUAAAAAAUAUUAUUAAAAAUACAAGAAGACCAAUUUUUACAUCAACAAUGGCUAAAAGUAAAUUUGAAUAUGUCAAAGAUUUUGAAACAUCAACAAAAUGUUUGCCAAAUUGUUGGAUUGUCAUAAGAGUUGAUGGUAAAAAUUUUUCAAAAUUUACUGAUACUCAUAAAUUUAUAAAACCAAAUGAUAUUCGUGCACUUGAAUUGAUGAAUAGUGCAGCUGAAUUUGUCAUGAAAGAAUACAACGAAAUAAUUUUAUCAUAUGGACAAAGUGAUGAAUAUUCAUUUGUAUUUAAAAAAGAUACCGCAGUUUAUAAUAGAAGAGAAGCAAAAUUAAUGACAAAUGUAAAUUCAUUAUUUACAUCAGCAUAUGUAUUUAAUUGGUCAAAGUUUUUUAAAAUUCCUCUUGAAUAUCCACCAUCAUUUGAUGCAAGAGUUGUUUUAUAUCCAUCUGAUAAUGAUCUGAGAAAUUAUUUAUCUUGGAGACAAGCUGAUGUUCAUAUCAACAAUCUUUACAACACAUGUUUUUGGAAUUUAGUCCAACGUAAAAAUAUAACACCAAAAGAGGCUGAAUUAGUACUGAGACCAACUUUAUCAUCAGACAAAAAUGAAUUACUAUUUAAAGAUUUUGGAAUUAAUUACAACAAUGAGUUAGUAAUGUUUAGAAAAGGUACAACAUUAAUACGUAAAAAUAUUAAAAAUACUGAUGGAAAAACAAAACCAACAGUUGUAGCAUUAUUUGAAAGUAUUAUUGAUGAUAAAUUUUGGAGAGAUAAUCCUCAAUUAUUGAGUGAACCAUUGCCACUAACAAUUGAAGAAAAAAGAAGCAUCAGACAAAAGAACAAAAAAAAAUUAUUAAAUGAAGCAUAAUUUCAUUUUUAAAUUUUUCUAAAUAAAUAAAAAAUUUUUCUAAUUCAGAAUAAAAAAAAUAUACAAUAA